AUGGGGUGGGCUGAUGGGGUGACCCUGGAGCGCGGGAAUUCUGAGAGGAAAACAGACCCAGCACCUGCCGCGGCGGCAGACCUCUUGACUCUCAGGAUGUCCGGGCCCAGGAUUAGCCAGGGACUCCCCAGGCCUCCCGCGGCCUCGGGCACCAGCUGCGAAGGGGCAGGUCCCACUCAUCCUGGCCCAGCGCGGCCGCGGAGCCUGGUGAAAGGGAUCCGCAGCGCACACCGUGCAGCCCCGGAGCGCCGGGCAGGUGCGGGCAGGUGCGGGCAGGUGCGCGCAGGGGCGGGCAGGUGCGCGCGCAGGGGCGGGCAGGUGCCGGCAGGUGCUCGCGCGGUGCAGCCGCGAGUCCUGCGCGAGGCCGAGCCCGCGUCCGCAGCGCCACCGCUGCUCCAGUCGCCGGUCCUCCCCACCGCGAGCUGGGCGGGCCGCGCCUGCGCGGCGCUGUGUGCUCGUUCCCAUGGAGCCGCCAGCGUCGYAGCCGAGGGCCACCGAGAGGACCAGCGGGCCACCGCCGGCCCAUCUCUGUCUCUCGACGUGGAGAGAGCCACUAGCCUGGUCUCUGGAGAGGAGCUUGCAGACAGCAUGCUGCCCAUGGAGGACGGGAGACACCCGGAACUGGAGGUGGAGGUGGAGUCUGUCCCCGAGCGCCCCGGGAGCGCGGCUGCCGCGGGAGACUGCGGCUCCGCCAGGGAAGAAUGCGCUGCUACGGCCGGUGCUGGAGAGGGCAGGAGCRCGGCCCCCGGGGGAGACCGGACCCAGGAGACGGAGCUGCGCAGGCACCUGGACCUGCUGGACAGGAUGCAGGAGGAGAAAGGCCUCUUCCUCCAGAAGACCAGAGAAGAGCUGCGGGCCUGCCGCCAGAGGGUGGACCUCCUCAGCAAACAGCAGGAGACCGUGGCYGCCGAGAUGGCCAGGGAGGGAGCGGCCAACAACAUGGCCGCCGUGGGCCGUCUCCAGGCCACGUCCAGACGCCUGCACACAGAGCUGCAGAACSAGCAGGACCUGCAGUCGAGGAUCGCGGCCGUGCUGAGGGAGACCGAGGACGCCUUGUGGCACAUUGAGAUCCAGAAGGGGCGGCUCCAGGCCCUCCAAAAGUCCCACAGCGAGGAGGCAGAGGCCAGGGGCGGGAGYGUCCAGGUGCACGAGGCCCAGCAGCUCUUCAAGGAGAAGGAGGCCUUGGAGAAGGCGGACAAGAACCAGCAGCUGAGGGUCUGGAAGUCCUUGCAAGUGCAGAAGGGGCUGGGACUCCGACACCAGACGCUGGUGGAAGAGGCCCAGAGGAACCACAAGGUGGCCGUGAAGUUCCUGAAGGCCUCCCUGGGACGAGUCCGGGAGCGGGAGCGCGGGGAGGAGUCGCAGACCCGCGAGCACCUGAGGCAGCGCAUGGAUGCGGUGCUGGCCCUGAAGAGCAGCAUCGCCGCCAGCCGGGAGACACUGCGCAGGGUCCAGGCCUGGGGCCGGGCCCGGGCGGCGCUGACCGAGCGGAAGGCCAAGGCAGAGAAGGAGGCCAUCCUGGCCCAGGGCGGGGACGCCUUCAGGCACCUCGUCCACCAGCAACGGCGCCAGCACCUGGAGGCCCAGAGGAGGACCUUCCAGGAGGGGCAGGAGCUCCGGAAGCAGGAGAUCAUCGGUCGGAUUGUGAAAGAGGGGGCCGAGGAGGACAACCGGAAGAAGAAGCAGCGGCCCCCCUCCAGAGCCCCCCGGGGACGCACUCUUCGAGACAGGACCUGGAGCUACAUCGCCCACGUCUGCACCGGGGAGACGGCCGUGGCCUCCAGCUACCCGCUGGAGGUCAAGGCUGCAGCGCACCCUGAGCCCUCCUGGCUCCUGAAAGCCGACUCCAGUGAGUCUGUACAGGGGGUCGCUGGGGCCACCAGUGGAGAGCAGGAAACGCUGGCUGAACCCGAGAUCCCCGGGCUCUGGAGGGAAGACUACAUGCCAUACCAGGAGCACAAGGAGGAUGGGAACCAGAAGCCUGUGGGCGGCACCAAGAUGGACAAGGACAUCCUGGCGCGCACGACGGCCCAGCUGCGCAGCGGGGUGGUGCACAGGCAGGUGGUGUCYGGGCGGGAGUUCAAAGGCUGCCCCUUCAACAGCAAGCCCCAGCUGGUCCACUUCAAGGACUUCGAGGUUGGCAAAGCGUACAAGAAGAAGAUCACGCUGGUGAACGCCACCUACACCAUCAACUACUGCUCGCUGGUGGGCGUGAGCGAGGACCUGCGGGACUUCGUCCACGUCAGCUUUGACCCCCCUGGGCCCAUGUCAGCCGGGAUGUCCUGUGAAGUGCUGGUCACGUUCAAGCCCAUGGUGAAUCAAGAUCUGGAAGGAAGCAUCUCGUUCCUGGCUCAGACGGGCAGCUUCGCCGUCCCUCUGAAGUGCUCCACGAGGAAAUGCUCCGUGUCCCUGGACAAGGAGCUCAUCAGCUUUGGCAGCUAUGUGGUGGGUGAGACCACAUCCCGGACCGUCACACUGACCAACUCCGGGGGCCUCGGCACGAGCUUCAGGUUCCUUCCAGCUUCCGAGGUCUACGAGACGGACGAAGAGUCCCUGCCCCUCCUGAAGAUAAGCAGCCUGUUCACCUACGAUGACAAGGGCCUCACCAGUGUGUCCGAGCAACAGCUGGAAGGCAACGGGACCUCCCCGCUGGACACCCAGAGCCGGAAAGAGUCGGACACGAUGGAGGGUGAGGAACAAGAGGGCACCUCUGAGGCGGGGGGCUUGGGAAUGUUUCCCAGCGAGGAGCAGCCAGAAAUCACGCUGGGGAAGAUAACGGAGGGGGAGAUCGGCCCUUUUAGCUCCAUCAGAGUGCCCAUCGUCUUCACCCCGGUCACCCCGGGGGAGGUCCAGACCAAGUUCAAGGUCGUGUUCAAGAAUCCCAAGUGCCCAACAGUGAGUACCCCUGCUGCCACGCGGCCCACACAGCCCCAGUGCUGGGAGGGCCCACGUCCACAGCCACCACUGGCUGCUCUGCCGGGGAGGACUCCCAUUGAGUCACAUGUCCAAAUUCAGCUGUAUUUCAGAGCCACAGGCGUGGCCCUGGACGUGCCAGUCUGGGUGCCCAAGCCCAACGUAGACUUGAAGAUCUGCAUGUACGACCRGCUCUACCAGGAGUCGGUCCCCAUUUACACGCGAUCCAAGGUGGCCCUGCGCCUGAAGUUCGAGGUGUGCAGGGAGCUGCGAGGCCACAUGGAGCUCCUGCCCGAGAUGGGCUACAUCCAGGCCCAGUCRUCCUACUCAGUGCAGCUCAAGUUCCUGCCCCGGCACUCCCUCCCCGAAGAUGCUGGCAAGUACUUUGACAAGGAGAGCAGAGUCCUGGAGGCUCCGAUGACCAUCUGGGUGGCCGACCAGAUAAAGCCAGUGGGCUUCACCGUGCAGGCCAUCGUCACCACCUCUGACCUGGAGCUCAGCCCCUCGGAGCUGGACUUUGGCCACUGCACCAUCUAUGAGGCCAUCAGGGCCGAGGUCAUUCUCUACAACCACUCGCUCCUGCCCCAGGAGUUUGGGUUCGUCGGACUCCCCAAGUUUGUGGACGUCCAGCCCAACGACGGCUUUGGGACCGUCCUGCCCCUGGAGGCUCUGCAGCUGGACGUGAUCUUCCAGCCCACCAAGGCCAGGGAGUACAGCUUCGAGCUGGUCUGCAAGUCGGAGGUGAACAGGUGCGUCAAGCUGUCCUGCCGAGCUGUGGGAGUCCACCCGCCUCUGGAGCUGUCCCACUACCAGAUCAAGUUUGCRGCCACCUCCUUGUACGACACCUCCGUGGCCAGGCUGUAUGUCAUCAACUCCCACCCGGGGGGGAGCUCCCUGCCCCGCUCGGGGCCCCGGGGCAGCUCAGAGGAGGCUUCCCCCGGGGGAGCCACGUCUUUUGAGUUUCUGUUGCCCUCGGACUUGCCCAUCACCAUCUCACCCUUGGUGGGGACCGUGUUACCAGGAAAGAGAUGCCUGGUCCAGGUGGCCUUCCGGCCUGUGCUGUCCCAUGAGGUGAUCCAYGAGGAAGCCCUCCAGAUCCUCAACAAAGAAAUUCAGAACAAACUGUUCCGAAAGGAUACGUUCAGCCAGAAGAAGGAGCUGUGGAGACAGUCCCUCUCUGUGCUCCGACUGCGGACCCGGGAACGGACGGCCGUCACCUCCCACGCCCCCCAGCAGGAGAAGCAGGAGCUCAGGGUCAGUUCCCAUGAGUACCAGAUGGCUCAGUCUGCCCUGGUCCGAACUUUCCAGGCGAAGUUUGACAAGUUUGUGGUCCCAUGUGUCAUGGCCAGUGGUGACGUCAAGGACAGGAAGGGAUCGGAACCCCUAAGUUUCAGCCCCCACAACACCCUGUACCUGGAGCUGUGGUGUCCAGCCGUGGCUCCGUCUAUCGUGGUGACGUCUAACAAAGGCAAGACCACCUUCAACUUUGGCGAUAUUGCUGUAGGACACCGUGGUAUAAAGAAGAUCUCCCUCCAGAACAUCUGCCCCGAGGACCUGGACGUGGAGUUCUCGGUGCUGAACCCCAGCGGCCCCUUCGCUCUGCUGAACCCCUUCAGCAAGCUGUGCUCAGGCGAGACCCAGGUGCUGAUGCUGUCCUUCUCACCCCGCGAAAGCCUCCUGGCUCAUGAGACACUGGACAUCAUCAGCAAGAAAGGGACCCUCACGCUCACCCUCACGGGCCUGGGCGUGGCGUCCAUGGUCUCCUGCUCCAUUGAAGGCAAUGUGCUCAGCAUGGGCUAUGUGCUGGCCAGAGAGUCCAUCUCCUCGAGUUUCAAGCUGCAGAACGACUCCUCGCUCCCCAUCAAGUUCUCCCUGCGGCUGGAGAGCCUCUCCAGCACCAGGGCCCUGGCCCRACAGCAGCUGCCUCAGUUCCUGGCCUCACCCGCCCAGAGGACGGACUUGGUUGGCCCACAGAACCACAGUGGCCAGAGCGUAUUCAGUGUGGUCCCAGUGGAAGGUGUCAUGGAGCCGGGGAAGGCGCAGGACUUCACUGUGACCUUCAGCCCGGACCACGAGAGCCUCUACUUCUCUGACCGGCUCCAAGUGGUGCUCUUCGGAAAGAAAAUCUCCCACCAGAUCCUCCUGCAGGGUGCCGCCCGGGAGCACAUGAUGUUUGUGGAGGGCGGGGACCCCCUGGAUGUGCCCGUGGAGUCUCUCGCUGUGACGUCUGCCCUCGACCCAGAGCACAGAGAGGAGUGGUCCCAGCUAGGCCCUCCCUCCCCAGACGUGGAGGAGCUGAAACCCAUCCUGCUGACCCUGGACUACGUCCAGUUUGACACAGACACACCSGCCCCACCCGCCACCCGGGAGCUGCAGGUGGGCUGCAUCAGGACCACCCAGCCAUCUCCGAAGAAGAUGGUGGAGUUCAGCCUGGACAGUGUCCCGUGGCUGCAGCACAAGGGCUUCUCCAUAGAGCCUUCCAAGGGCAUGGUGGAGCGCGGACAGACCAAGACCAUCAGCAUCUCCUGGGUGCCCCCUACUGACUUUGAUCCGGACCAUCCUCUCAUGGUAUCAGCCCUGUUGCAGCUCAAAGGGGACGUGAAGGAGACCUACAAGGUCAUCUUUGUAGCCAAUGUGGUGACUGGCCCCUGAGACCAAGGAGCAGCUCCAUGAGCCCCUCGCAUUCUCCCAUCCACCCCCAAAGCCCUCAGAGGCUGUCGGCCUGGCCUGGGCAUCCCCUGCUGGGCAGGUUCAAACAGUCAGCCUCCUGAAUGGCCCCACGACCAGGGUUCGCCCAUCCAUGGCCACUUCCUGCUGCACAGGACUCAACAAGCCCAAGGCCCAAGAGCACCCCUCUCCCUGAGCCCUCAGAACCAGGCCAGAGACCCACACUCACCAGAGCCUGCCCAGACUUCAGAGGCCCCUAGGAAAGCCACCCCCACAGGCCUGUCAAUAAACUCCAGGAGCCAACCAUGCCACUGCAGUAUGGAUGACCAGCCCAGUGGACAGGAUAGAGCUCUGGGAAGUAGCCCCUACACACCUGCGUGCGCGCGUGCACAUUUAUGAAGCAGCAGCCUGCUGGGCGGGGACCUCCUGGCUGGUGGGAAUCUGCCCAAACACAGGGAGAUGCCCAAACCUGGUUCACAGGGACAACAGCAGGCAGCACAGGGUGCUGGGGGCACAGGAUUGGAGAUGGGACUGACCCAGGCUCCGAGUGGUACAGGGAGAAGGGACUCCAAAAUCCAGGGCAGGCCCCUUAGUCCUCCCGGGACCUCCAAAGUCCCAGGACCCUGGCCUCAAACAAGGAUUUAGCAAAUAUGUCAAGGGCCCAGCUCACCUGUACUCCUCACUCAGGCCCCUCCAGGGGCCAGAAUGAGGCCCAGCUUGUGAGUUGGAUUCCACUUGUCUGAGAACCCUGGAUUCUGCUUUCUGGGUUCUGAUCCACCCUCCAAGGGAGAAGAUCACUUCCAGCCCUGAGAUGCUCCUACACACCCACCUACCACCUGCUAGCUCUUUUCCUCAAGARAGUGACUUGCUGGGCACAAAGCCAGCCUGGCCCCCUGCCAUCCCAACCCAGGGCCAGCCAUCAGGAGCAAAUGGAGGGGUAGUGUCUCUGGUGCCUGCUCAGUGCCCUUGGCAUUAGAAGCCAGUUGUUGCCUCUGAGUGACAUGGACGCUGUAGCAUUUUGCAGGAUUUCUGUCCAGAAGACCAAAGAGUGACAGACUCAGGCCCCUUGCUGCCCCCACUAGGGCUGACCAGCAUUGGCUGCCCCCCCCUCCCUGCCCCCAGACCCUAGAUGUGCUUCCUGGCCAGAUGGGAGGGGGUGGCAGGGUCCACUGGCCAUGUCAGGCCUCAGAAGGGGGUACUCCA